AUGGUCAAACCCGACCUUAAACACAACUACUACAGCGACCUCGAGCUGCCCACCACCGCCAGCGUCGACGACAUCCGCAAAGCCUACCGCAAACUCGCCCUCCAAUACCACCCCGACCGCAACGCCGGCAAGGAGGAUGAGUGUGUGCCGCGCUUCCAGGCCAUCCAGGCCGCGAACGAGGUGCUGAGCGACCCGACGACCAAGGCGAAGUACGACCAAGACCGCCGCAAGGCCGGCCUCUACCCAACAUUCAAGCCGAACCAACCUACGCCGGGCAACCCAUAUGCCGCCACCUCCAACUACCCACCGCCGCCUCGGCGCACGCAGCCAGGGACAUGGCAGCGACCCACUCCCGCCGCUGCGCCUGCAGGUACCGCGCCUUCAGGUGCCGAUCGCUUCACCAACUUUCCUCGUCCGGGCAACACAAUGCCACGCAAGGAUCCUGCAGCAGAUCGAGCCCAACAGUUUCAGGCGUGGCAGAAUAUGAACAGCGGCACCGCCAAGCCGAGAUACCCAUACAAUGCGCCUCCUCCGCCGCAGCCUCCCAAAUCUCCCAACCCGCAGACCCAGAACACUGCUCGGCCUAGGAUGCCGCGGCAGGACACCAAGAUGCCGACCGAGGAGCAGAUAAGAGCGGGCAUGAGGUACAGCAAGCCCGCUGGGCCUGGUGGUUCGGGAGACAGCCCUGCUGCUGAGAAACAAUCCGCAUGGCAAGCAUUCCAGCAGGCGAAUGCCAGCAAGCCAGGCAUGGGCAGGAACAGCAGAAGAGCUGCGAACACCACGCCGCGUCGACCUGGUGGCUUUGAUCCAAAUGCUCCAGGCUCAGAUGAGAGGCCAGCUCCUCAAUCCACUGGACACUACUCCCACCGCAAUCGCUCUGAGGACCUCAGUCCAGGCGGUUUCCCACCUCCUCCUCCCGGCCCUCCUCCAGGAUCAGCUCCUCAAUCACCAACCGCUGACAAGUUCCAACGCCCUUUCGCGCCUCAAGCUCGAGAGGUCCCAUACGCCGAAGGCAACCGCAAGAGCACUCCUUACUCGUCGUUCAUCGGCGAGAAGCUUCAGUUCUCCAGUGAUGGCCUUCGCCGCUCGGCAAGUACUCGGGACACAACUAGACUACAACCAGAGAGUAACAGUACCAGUACGAACCGCGCCAGGAGCAGCAGCCCGGCUGGCCGCCAGCCCCAACCCACCGACGGCCCCACGAGUGGCACUAAGAAACCCUUCAUCCCGGGCGCCUACAGCGACUCUAGCACAGGCACUGAAGGCUCGUCCGAGUUUGAACCAGACGUUACCGAAACGCCAGAAGAGAUGGACAGCAGCGCUUCCAAUUCAGAGAGACCAAAGAACGCAGGCUUCUCAGUAUCGCGCGACAGACCGAAGAAGACCCCAACCCGACCGAGUUCCAAGCUCAACGGAUCCAACUACUCAUCGAAUGCAACGUCGCCUGCGUUUGAAGCUGCCGGUGCCCAGUCUGAUGGUGAUCAUCCUACCAUGCAGCAGCGGAAGAGCAGCCAAAACAUGUAUGCACCCCCCUCUUCUUUUGCUUAUCAGUCCCCUUCAUUCAGCCGAGGAAAGUGGGUUGCGAAUGCUUUUGGUUCUGCUUCAACAACGAGACCAGAGCAACGCAAUGCUGCCAUUCCAAAGUGGGCUUUCCCCAGUUCUGUCUGUCCAAGCAAGAAGCCCAAGAAGUGGUUCUCCGCCAGCCAAGACGCCACCCAGCGAUACUACGACAUGGCCAAACAAGACAUCUUGUGGGAUAACGUGUCAAACACGGUGCAGACGGCGUACUUGCUGUUCUGCCACGAGUUGGCUUCCCGAGGUGUCAAGUUGGACCAAGCAGUCGGCGUAAACCUGACGAAUUUCCUUGCUUUGGUCCAUCCGCGCAUCAGAAAGACUGGAGUGCCACAAUGCGAUGAAGCCGUCGCCGCCGUCGUUGCUUCUUAUCCAGCUGUUUGCCACUUUACCUUGCCAGAUCAACAGGCUGACCAAGCAUCUUCUGCCAACAGUUUCAACUUCGUCAACAGUGAUGCGUUCACAUCAGCUGCAAGCAAGAGCCGAAGCUUUGACAAUAUCAAUACCAAGUUCUCCCCCGACGGCUGGAAUGGAUCUUUCACGAGCACUGCUGCUCCUGAUUACUUUGCUGCUGGGCGGAGACCAUCACCUGGACGUCGAGCACCUUCGAAUCGAGGACACGGUCGAGCCGCAACUGCUGAUGUACCACCACGUAGCAAUAGCAACACCCCCGGCGAUAUGGGACCACCACCUCCACCAGAGCAGCCAGCUUCGAUGUACACAUCUCCAUCAGAUGUCAAGUUCAAUGAGGAGCAGUGGAAGGAUACGUUCAAGGACCCAUCAUGGACGAUGCCGCCGGUGGGCUCGCACAGAGGCACAAGCUCGAAAACACCCAGCAGGAAGGGCAGCAGACUCCACACAAAGACGUCAGCAGAUGGCGUGGGUGGCGAUGGAAGCAAGGCGCAGCCUCACAUUGUCGUCGACGAUGAUGAUAACGUCGAAGCGCAAGGCAGCAAAGGGAGACCCGACUCAGGCGGAUUUGUGGAAGAGGGCGAUGCAAUGGACAUUGACACAACGCCGCCUACACAGCAGGCUGAGCAAGGUGCAGCAUCAACCAAGGAGCCUCGUCUUUACGCUGUCCCCAAGUCGACUUGGCGUGAGAAGGCGGAACAGAACCAGCAAACUGCAGGCGCUCGCAAGGCGUCUUCUCGACACAACAGGCAAAACACUGAGCCGACUUUGAAAACCAACCUCGACGACUUGUCGCACGUCGAACCGAUCGCCCAAAGUGCUGCCGGCUUGCAAAACUUGGCAGAUCUCAGCUCCACGCUACCGUUCCAGUCAUCAACAACGCCUUCCCGAACGACACAGUCUGCUGAGCCACAAAAGCUGCAGACCCCACCGAUUCCUCGAGUGCCUGUCCCACCAAAUCGCUUGACCAAGGCCAGCUGGCACACAUACGCUUUGAGCUUUGCAACAUACCUCGAAGCAUAUCACGCCUUCAACAAGACCAUGCUGGCCCACUUCGAUGCUCGCGAGAAGCAGGCAUCGGCUCGUCUCUUGGGUGGAUCUGGUUGGCUCGAGGCUAUUGGAGGCGAUACCAGCACCAGCUUGGGCUUCACGAGCUAUUGGAAGGGCGUUCAAGAGGAUGAGAAAGUGCGCGAGACCUGGAACAUUGGAUGUGAGAAGCAUAUGGAAGCUGUUCGGCAAUUCGAUGAGCUGCGUGAGAGGGUGAGGAAAUUGUCACUUCAGGGUGCGCUCACCGACUCGUAG